ACGUCAAUUAGGAAGUUUAAGAAAUGGAUUAAAAAAUUUAUACAAUUCAGCAGCCUCCAGUUUAUUUACUCAGUGUAAUGCCCAUUUGCAAGAAACUGUAAGUCGUAGAAGAACUGAAGAAUAUGAAGCUGAAGAUACAGUUUCAGUUCUAAAAACUUCUUCUCUUUCUUCAGGAGUUGUUUCAGCAACAAAAUUUGAACAUUUUUUUAAGUAA